CGCCGCUCAGUUGUAGCGAAGCGUUUGCAGCGAAAGGGUCUCGAAACUCGGUGUAAAACAUUGUUCUUUUAUUUUUCCUCUUUCAAAUUCGAACGACAACGAGUUAACAAUUUAACAAUUAAUAAACUACAACAACAAAAUACGACGUAAUUACGUAUUCGAAAAUUACGUAUUAUGCAUAAUUUGUGAAUGAAUUUUUCAAACGAUUAAUUAAAAAAACUGUAAAAAUCUUCGUAAUCGAAGAAAAAAAAAACUGAUCGUACAUAUUUUUUUUCGACAAAUUGGUACAGUUUUCCAUCUUCUUCUUACGUAAAAUUAUCGCAGAAGACACUGAAGUGAAAUUGACGUGACACUUGUUACUUGAUCGUUUGUCAAUUUUUCAUAAUUCUGUGCUCUAUAAAAAAUUUAAAUAUCUACCGUACGUUAUACAGUUGCAAUAAUCUGUAAGCUGGUGUAUAUUGUACACCGGGGGUAUAAUAAACGUGUGAAUUCUUUGUAAUGAUUAAUGUAUAUGUACACACAGUGUUUGCCGGUAUAUAAUCAGACAAAUAACUAAAUGUACAUUUCUCCAAAGUAAUUGUUCCGAUACACAUAUACAUCCGUAUAUACAUAUAAUACACUUGGUGCAUGUGCAGUUUUGUGUGUGUGCUUUAGUGUAUGUGCUUCUCUCUCUCUCUGUGUUGGUUGCAUGUUUAAAACAAGAUUUGUAAACAUGUUCAAUUCCACCACCCGUUAAAUCGUUGGAUUAAAAUCUUCGAUUGAAUUGGAGCAAAGAGAUCGGCGGAGCGAAGGAUGCUCAAGCACGUUUCAGUUUCGCCGUGGCGGGGAAGGGCGGACAGCGUUAGUCUAGCAUCCAGCAGUGCUAGUAGCUGCGGAAGCGGAAGUCCGACCCCCGCACACACACCGCCACCCUCGAGAGCUUCGUCAUGCGCGUCACUCGCACCCCUAAAUUCUCUGUCGAGUUUUUCACCCGCCGACACUAAUCCGCAACAGACCACCAUCAAAGUAUACGCGAACUGUUUGCGGCCCGAUAUCGAGUACAAAACGCUAAGCAUCAGCUACGAAACGACCUGUCGAGAAGUGGUUCAAAACCUGUUGAACAAAUACAGAAUGAGGCACAGAGAUCCUCGCCUGUUCUACCUCACGAUGGAGGUGACCGUGAGGAGGGCAAACGUUCGGACCGUUUUACCCCUUGACGAAGAUGCCAGCCCUGCAGUCCUGCAGUCCUGUCAUCCCCCUGGCGAUUCGAGAUUUUCGCUACAAACCCGUCGAGGAGGUCUGGUCAAGAUAUACGAUAGUGCAUUGAUGUCUGGGUCAAAGUACAAGAGCCUUUUGGUUUCCGAGCACACGACAGUUGACGAGCUCAUCCAGAUGCUCCUGAGCUGUUACAGCUCGAGCGAAAGGGUGGAGCAAUUUUCUUUGUACGAAGUGUGCGAGGGCGAAGAGUACCAAAGAAAACUUCACCCGGACGAUUCACCUCUCAAGGUUACACAGAGAUGGACAUCCAUCGAUAGGCACCUUCGCAUAAGACGAAAUCCUGACUACAAUCCUUACAGGAGAAAGAGUAUGUGGACUUCGGAUUCAAGUAUAACGAUGGCGAUGUCGAAGCUCCAGCUGCACAGUAACAAGCAAAAUCAUCAUCACAACCAACACCUGCACCACCAUAACCAUAACAACAACAACAACAACAACAACAACAACAACAGCAGUAGCAAAAAUAAUCACAACAACAACGUACAUCGUCAAAUUCAUCAGAAUAAUAACGUAGGCGGUCACGUGCAAAUGUUGCCCGUUCAGCAAUCCCGUGUCGUUAUUCCUCAUGUUUCGCAGAUCACCAAAAGCGUGCCAUCGACACCUUUGACCGGAAAGCAUGUAUCAGCUAGUUCCGCUUACGCCGACUACGAAAACUACUUUUACAUAUAGAUGCGGUUACCAAGCGAUGAUUAUUAUCAAUACAAAAAGACGGUGAAAUUGAUGGAAAGUUAUUAUGGUCACUGAGUCAACCUUUCGGUGGUUGAUGCAGUUUUUAAAAAAUUGUAACCAAACUCAAUUCAGAAUAGUACCUUAAUCUCGAAUUUGGAAUGUCAAACAUUGAAAAAUCAUAGAAAGAAAUGUUAUGGAAAUCUGCGGAUUACUUUUAGUGAUUUUGGCCCGCCAUAUUGGAGCCGUCAUUUUAAGGUUUUCAAUCGGAUUUAGUAUUCGACAUCAAAGAUUCAAAAAUCCUAUAAAACCCCAGAGUUUGAAAUAAAAUUUUACCAAUAUUGUGUAACUUAUAAUAUAUCGAAUAACGAAUCUUGAUCGGUACCGAAAAUUUAAUCUGCCCAGAGCGAAUGAACCUAAACAUUUCUUUCAACAAAAAAAGAGAUGCGUACGUAUUUUGACGAAUUCAGGCAAAUCUGAUCCUGCAGAAUAAAGAAUUGAUCCGCAAACAGAAUCCGAAUGGCAGUUCUCAAUUUCCUGUAAGAUCGAUGCCUGAAUGAGAUUGAGGUUUAAAGUUAAGUCUAUGAGGUGAUAGAUGAUAAUUGUAAGCAACGGAUUUUAGUCAGUAUAACGUAUAUCAGUGUAGGUAAAAGACGAAUGAGUAAAUGUUGAAAUGUUAGAACCAAAGUUAGACGUACCUACGGCUAGUUUGCGCUUCGUUAUAGCGCGCCAAAACCUGGCAAGUCGAGAAGGGUCCAUUUUUUUCAUUUGUUUUAUUUAUUUUUUAUCUUAAGUCCUUCUCGACUCAUGUGCGAUUGUGGUGUCCAAACGUGCAUAGCAAAUCGUUAACUUAUUAUUAAAUGCAACAGUAAAUCAAUUUAAGUUUCUCACGAAUAAUAUCGAAAAAGAAAAACGG